AUGAUCAAGAACAUGAGUGACCGUGUAAAGAAUGGUAUAUUGGACCCUCCAACUAACCUAAAAGAGGCAAUAGAUUGGAUAUUAAGGGUAACAAAUAGAGACGGGUUAGAUGACACCAAAACGCAUACUGGUGGUGUAAGCGGGCUGGCCGGGGAAGUUAAAAAACUACUAAUCCCUGCCAGGAAGCAUGUCAAAGAAAGAAAUAUUAAGGAUCUGAUCGAUAAAGUGACCCUAGCAUUGGAACAAGAGAGGGAAAGUGGUGAUAUUGCCAUUGGAGGGAUACUCGUUCCACUGAGCGAGAAGUUGAAAACAUUUAUUGGAAGCCGCAGCUUGGUCGAUAACUCGUUGAAGGCAGAUGGUAUUGCUAGUAGUGGGUACGUAUCGGCUUACAGGGAUAACGCUAAGUGGAGUAAAUCCUUUGAAAAAAUCGAGCGUGAAAAAUGCGCCCAAAUAUUCCUCGGCUGUAUCCCAUUGAUCUUCUCUGGCCUCAGCUAUCUCUACUGGCAAUGUAAUGUAACAGAUGGAAGUUACGGUCAGACGCUUAAGGUCCGCGCGAAUGCAACGAUAAAAAAUGAAGUUAGGUGGACCGGGACUUGGGCACAAGUAACAACCACAGAUAUCUCCAAGACUAUUCCACAGAGAAUCAAUGACGAAACCACCAAACUAUCGGUCUUUAUGGAGACUAUGGGCUAUGAUAAGCACCAGUUGUCCGAUAAGAAAGGUGCGGACGUAGAAGAACUGCUUCGUACGUUCCUUGAAUUCAAGGAAUGCAAAGAUGUAAAAAAGGAAAGUGUACCAUCAUAUGCUCAAACUAAGAUUCAAACCACAAAAAUUGUAGAAGGGCCGUACGCUGAGUACAUUGAAUUUUUAUACGGCCAUAAUGUGGCGGAGGUAAUGAGCAACCGAAUUGAGGACCGUCCAUUGGUUAACUUGUUUAUCGCUACUCAAUCAUAUUUCCAAGUCUUACAAAGUAAAUACCCGUCAUCUUGUGGUAAAAAGCCAAAAAGUAUACGUGAAAUGUUAUACUGGUUAAUGGGAUUACCCUACUCCCCUAUGUACCUCGAAAUCAGAAAAAGCCAUUUAAAAGACCUACUACAUAAAAGCUAUUAUGUUAUUGAUUUCGUCAAUGGAGGCAAAGACUCCCUACCCUUCGCAUUAUCAAGUGCCAUUUACUACCUCCUUGCUUCGUGUUUCUACUCAGGAUUCGCAUUGAUGGCCAUCGAAGGUGAAUUGAAGGGUAAUGUGAGGGCAGCUAAAGAUCGCAGAAGUGAUCCGGUAUUACUUCACGAGAUAUUUGCAAACACUGGCUUCAGAUUUCAUUAUCCACCGACUGUACAAGAGUGGUUUAGUAUGCUCUGGGAUGUCGUAUGUCCCGUAUACUCUCAACUGACUUUCUUGAGGACACAAUGCCAAAAAUGUUUAUGUGUAGCUAGAGGAUGGGAGUGGUGUACAUAUGGCCAAAGUGUAAAAUGCGAGAAUAUAAAGUCUUGGAUAUGCGAAUCUGAAGAUCUUUCCAAAAUAGAAACGAGAAAGGAUGGAGCAAUCACAUGUACAGAGGCUAAUUGUAAGGUAACGCAUGCUGACUGCGGCAAAGAUAGAACAAAGCCCUCUCCACUCCAAGCAUAUCUAACGGAUGUUCUACCAGGUUUCGAAAUCGAUGCUUCUCAAAAGGAUGAGUACAGUGUCCCUGGCCACGACGUGACCCUGGCUUUAACAUCUAAACAACGGACUAAGAUUGCAAUGGGAUUCGCAACUCACCUUCCAGCAUCUAAGCGCAGAGGUUACCACCUCUUUUGGACAUUGAAGGAUUACACGGAAGACAAAAUCACAGAAGUCAGUGUAUACAACAUUAUAUUGUCUUUGUUAUCCUCUGGUUUACGUGCACCCUCCACAUUGGGAGACUUAUUCGGAUUCUUCCUUUUCUUAGGAAGGUUUUACAGUAGCAAAGGUAGCGAUAACAGCCUGAAAGACGUCCUGGUAGAACUUAUCGAUAGUCACCCGGGUGUGCAUAAAUCUCAUGAGGAUGGCAGCCACUUCACCGAUUACAUUGAGAAGCUGCACGGCACUUCAAGUGACAACCAUGAAGGUUUAAUAAGUCUACACCAAUGUACGACUGUUGAUACAUCGUGUGGAAAAUACCUCUAUCCCCUUUCUUAUGCAUUUUACAAAACUUUGUCUCUCAAACACGCCAGCAUAUACCUAUCUUGGGCAGUAUAUCUACCAAAGGAACUUAAACUGGGUCUGCAACAACUCUACGAGGAUUUCAACAAGAUCGAUUGCAUGGAUUCCAAGUGUAAAGAGUGCAGGACCGGUAUCACGUGUAGAUCUGGUACCCAUGGAGAGAAAGAUAAGUGCCAUUGUAAAACCAUCGUACAAUGUGCUGGAGUACUCCCACUGUUCUACAAAUAUGGGUUCGUGUACAAUAAUGCUGAAGCUUUAAAUGGAAACCUAAAAGAGGUGCCGCUCCUUUCAGAGAAACGGGCAAGGAAAUGUCAUCAAUUUUCGGAACAACUGCAAAACGUUCUCGAUAGCGAUGCGCUCACUAAAUUAGUUGAUGGCGCUACCCAAUUCCUCAUCAACCUCCGUUUUCCAUUCAUGAUGUUUACUGCCGCUAUGUGGUUGGCUGUGUUUCUCUACUUUAUGUACGCUUUAUUGGUUCCACUCAACAUAUUACGCUUUGGAAUACACGGGGAUGGUGACUCCGGACUAAAAGCAUCACCCAUCACCCUUUUGGCCUACACCACUGACGUGCCUAAACCUGUCUAUGUAUGGCCAUGA